GAUUUUUGUUGUACUGGAGCAAUACUCGCUGUUGUUGGAAUUCAAUGGUUACGCUGUGAGAGAUAUUGCUCUGGAAAAGGACAUUAAUUAAUCGCCGUUAUGGAAGAAUUAAACAUACUUAGUAAUGUAUUGCGAAAGAUAAUUUCCAUUUUAUAGAUUUCGGUUUUACUUAAUGUGUAAUUCUUUGGAUAUUUCAGCAGAAAGGAGUAUUUCUGAAGGCUGUCUAAACAGCUUGCCGUAUCGACGCGAACCCAAGCUGAACGACAGCUCGAGCGAGAUAGCCCGAAACAGCCCUGGCCUGUGAAAAUGGCGGCCACAUUGUUGGUGAUUGUGGUGUUUGUUUUGGAAAUUCUCGCCGAUUCUUGUGCAAAUGCUGAAGGGUUAAACUGUCCCACAGUUUGUGAAUGUCUUGGAACUUCUAUAGAUUGUAGCAGACGAUCUCUCACACACAUCCCAACUGAUAUUCCGGAAUGGGUAACCGUGUUAUCCUUACAGACUAACAUGAUUGAUACGAUACCUGAGGGCAUAUUUGACAACCUACCAGACCUCCAAGAAUUAGAUCUAAGUGAUAAUGACAUAUCAUCAGUCAAUCAAUCGGCAUUUAUGGAACUUGUUUCGUUAACCGAGCUGAAUUUGGCGGAAAAUGAGCUCACCUCGAUUCCACAACUUAGUACGGCAGUUCAAAAUCUUACAACUCUUAUAUUGAAUCAUAAUCAAAUUAAAAGCAUCAGUCAGUCUGCUAUAGCUAUGUUCCCGCAUAUGGAAACGUUGGACCUCAAUUUCAACACACUUACCAAAAUAAAGAACACCUCAUUCCCAGCAAAUAACAGCAUAGAACGACUGUAUCUGAAUAGCAAUGAAAUCUCAAGCAUUGAUGAUAAUGCGAUGACAAAUCUGACAAGACUGAAGACGUUAAAACUAAACAAGAACUCACUGAAAAAGCUCUCAAAAAAUGUGUUUGCACCAAUGGUCAACCUCACAGUUCUUGAAUUGAACAAGAAUAGAAUUCGCAAAGUUCAGAGCUUAAUGUUUUUGGAACUCAAAAAACUACGAGUUUUGAAACUGCGACGGAACGGAAUCUCAUCGCUUGAAGAUGGUGCAUUUUACGGUCUUGAAAAACUUGAGGAAUUGUACUUGGAUAGCAACAAGCUAACGUCCGUCAACAAAGGAUGGUUGUACGGACUAGACGGGUUGAAACGUUUGAAUGUCAGUUACAACAGUAUCAACUUCACCGCUCCGCUAUCGUUCUGUCCCAAAGUACAAUUCCUAGAUCUUAGCUACAACCAGCUGGUGAACUUGGUGGAGGCUAGCUUUGAAAAGCUGGCGGCACUGCAGAGUUUGAAUCUUGGUCAUAACUCAAUCUCAAGUUUUGAGGAUGGUGCUUUUCGUGGCUUAACAUCAUUAAAAGAAUUAUUUUUGGAUUAUAACGAUAUAUCUUGGACUAUUGAGGAUGCAUCCGGGGCAUUCAAAGGACUCGCAUCAUUACUGAGCCUCGGGCUAGCGGGCAACCAGAUUACAUCCGUUACUAGGAAAUCAUUUUCUGACCUAAUUCAACUUCAGAAGCUGGAUUUGACAGGCAAUACAAUAACAGCAAUCCAAGCUAACUCCUUUUCUAGUCUGCCGCAGUUGAAACAAUUAAUGUUAAACACAUCAAAUUUGGUUUGUGACUGUCAGUUAACUUGGUUUCCAUUCUGGCUGGUGGACCAGCCCUUCGCUGAGGAUGUUAUCGCAAAGUGUGCUCACCCCGAGAACGUUCAGGGACAGAAUGUGCUUGGAGCUAACAUCUCUCUCUUCACAUGUGCUGAUUAUCCCAAACCACACAUCAUAAUGCACCCUGAGGCACAGAAGGCUUUGCGAGGCGGUACAGUGGAGUUCCUUUGCCAAGCAGCAAGUAAUGGGGGAACCACAAUAGAAGUCACCUGGAAAAAAGACAAUAAGGAAUUGCCCAAAAACCUUAUGGAAGUAACCCAGGAGAUGCAAGGGGGCGUUACUGAGGUGACAAGCAUUCUGAAACUGGAUGACCUACAUGAUGAGGAUGAGGGUCGAUAUCAGUGCAUCAUGUCUAACCACUUUGGCCCCUCAUACUCAAAUAAGGCAAAAUUAACAGUCAAUGUUUUCCCAUCAUUCACUAGACGCCCAGAUGACAAGACUGUUCGAGUUGGGGAAGUGAUACCUCUUGAAUGUGCCGCUACCGGUCACCCGACUCCAGACAUCGCCUGGCAGAAGGAUGGUGGAAUUGACUUCCCGGCAGCAAGAGAUCGCCGUAUGCAUGUCUAUCCACAGGAUGAAGUUUUCUUUAUUGCCAACAGCAAGACCGAAGAUAUGGGAGUGUAUAGUUGCAUCGCUACCAAUGACGCUGGAACCAUCAUCACGAAUGCCACCAUACGUGUCCUCCAACUGCCAUCGUUCGAGGAAGCUCCAAAGGAUGUUACAGCGCGUGAGGGCGAUACAGCCGUGCUUCAAUGCAAACCCGCAGGCAGCCCCACACCAGACAUUGAGUGGGAGAAAGACGGCAAAGAAGUAGUAACAUCUGAUCGAUUCCAUCUCGUUAGCGGUAACCAGUUGCUGCUUGUGACAGAUGUAAAACCAGAAGAUGCUGGCGAUUAUUACUGCUUGUUAUCGAACAUGCUUGGUGAAGUAACAGGAUCAGUCACCCUAACAGUAACUGCUGAUUCUUGUACAUCCCCAUCAACUGGCCAAUCGCAAAACAGUAUCUGCAAAGGAGCGUUUACAGGCAUCAUCAUCAUCGCAGUAGUCUGUGGAGUUGUCGGCACUUCUGUCAUUUGGGUUGUUAUCAUCUACCACAGUCGAAAACGCAGUCAGCGAUACAGUACAACGCCAGUGGAAGAUCCGGUGUUGACGGAGGAGAUACCCAGUAUGACAUAUAAUGGUUCGGAAGGAACGAUUCAACAGGAAACCAGCAGCGGAGUCUCAAGUUCUGCUACGGAUAAGUAUCAGAUGGAUAAUCUAAGCGACGAUGAGUCAAUAGAUGGUGCUCUACAUGCAUCGUAUAGACUACCUCGGCACUAUCGUCCAUCUGCUGCUUACCAGGGUAAUGGUCGCUCAGACGAACCAAUGCAUAUGACAACGUUCAGCCGUAACUAUGAUGAGUCCAAUGUGCAUGAUGGUAGUAGCUUCCCACUUCUGAAUCACUCACUGACCAAUCAGAGUACUGCAUCACCACACGUUACUUUGGGAUAUCAGUCAGAGAUGGAUCCAUUGAGGAAUCAGGAUAUGUAUAAAGAGAUUCCUCCACAGGACCGUUGUCCAUGCGCCAACUCACAGGGGUUUGAUUCUGAAGACAAUGUAGUAGUAACAAACCCAUACCCGAGGGAAGAGAAGUUAAAUCAUGUGGUGAAAAACUCAACAGAUUAUCCGUACCACCUGUCGGAGCCACCAGGUGAUGGAGUUUGUGAUACAACACAUGUGGGCAAAGACUUGGUUAAUAAUCAGUAUUCAAGUAACAUUAGGAAAUGUUCAACGGACGUACAUAAGAACACAUCUAACGAUUCUCUGAAUGGAAAUUUAUCGAGUGGCAACCUGCCAGAAACACAGUCUCCUAGGCAACACAUAUCACCCAUUCAUCAGGUUAAUAGAAACCCCAACAAAGAGGAGUCCCCAGAAUAUAUCCCACAGCUAAACAUUCCACCCUGCGUGAUGAUGCCGAGCAAGGACUCAACUCCGCAUAAGUUCAAAAGUCGGCAGAAUGUCCCACACUCGUCGACAAAUGGCGUGGCAACAUCAAGUAAUGUGUAAAUAAAACCGUCUAUUUAAGCUUACAUUUAGCUGUCCUGUAGUGUGUAUGAAUUUUAUCCCACAAUGCAUCACCCAGAAUGGUUGCAUAGCAACCUUAUGUCGAUAUGUGAUUUUUUAAAGAAAAUUUUAGAGUUUUAAAACAAAAUACAUUUUAAAAAGUAUGAAAUUGCAUUGAAUUCUGGUGAAAUUUUAAGCUUAAUUGUUUUUAAUAAUUGAAAAAGAAUUGGAAGAGGCAUAUGAUUGACAGACAGAAUAAUUAAUUUUUUUAGUCAAAUAUAUUUGCUAUUUAAGAUUCUUUUUUAUUAGUGAAAAUUUUAAUAGCUGUCCAGAAUACAAUGCAGUGUUUAGUCAUCUGUGUUCUGGGUGUGAGGCUUAGCCGCAGCAUUUUAAUUUCUUUAGCCAAGAGGCGUUUGUAAAUUAUUGUAUAUUUGGUCUGUAAAUAGAGCUAUGUUGUACUCAUGACUGACAAAGCUUGUACAAUUUGCCACCGUUUUAGCGUCAGAGAGAGAGAGAGAGAAAGAUGAUGAAGAAACAAAUGCAGAAAUUAUAUGAGUCGAAUGAAGGAGCGAGCGUGACAGUGGAUGGAGAGAAAUGUUGAAAAAAAAGCAAUAUUAAUAUGUUCUGUCCUAUUAAGUAAUUCCUCACCGAUAUCAGGAGAGGAGAGUAUUUACAUUUAAUAUCACAAGAGGGCGGUAUUUACAUUUUUGUGAGAUUUGUGUAAUAUCUGAAAUUGGUUUAAUAGCAUUUACCAUACUUUAAUAUAGUGUAACAUAUUUUGGCAUGAAGCUUCCCAAAUAAAUCCCACCCUAGAUCAUUAGCUAAACCCCCAUUCUUAGCAUCCAUACACCCUUUUCUCUCGCUUAAAAAUUUGCAUAUAGGAAUACAGAUACAAAGUAAAGUAUGUUGUUGGCAUAUCUAGUAAUAGUUGUUUGAAGACUAUUUUCUUAUCCAAGUCUGACAAAUUUGAAUUGUUGAAUGUGAUGAUUAAUUAUCUUGCUAUUAAUAUCAAUGCUUAGAAACUUGUUUCUUCUUUAGAGGGUUUAUAUCUAUUGCAAUUUGCACUUUUGUGUUGUAGAUCGAUGCUCAUUUUAGAUGAUUCAAUGAAUUUCAUUGCCAAGUUUAGCGACUUCCAUUUUCAAAAUUCUCUUUAGUGUUUUUCUUUUGAAGCAGAAGAUCAUGACAUUCGCCAGUUGUGAUUGAUUAACUGAACAAUCGAGAAAUGUUUUUUAUGUUAACGAUUAAUAAAUUGAAGAAGUGCGUUCGCAUUGUGGUAUAACCUCUGGCAAAAUGCGUUAACAAAAAUCAACAACAAAAAAAACUCUUCUUUUUUAUACAACCAUUGUUCAAGGUUUCUCUAUUCAGUAUAAUGAUCAGUGACUGCGUUCAUCCACGAAAUUAAUUCCAAAGCACAGAGAAAAUUUGUGAGGCAGUAUGAUUAGCUAUCUGGGUCAUGGUUGCCUGAAGGCAGACAAAGAAAAAAUGUUGUAUCGUUCGGUAUAUUGCGCGUGAAAUCGCAUUAAUCUACACGUAGUACUUGAUAGUAUGUUCAACAAUAUGGAUAAUUCUUGAUGAUCUUUUGAAUAUCCUUCUACAAUAUACUGAUUUAUUAACCUUUCUCUGAUUUGUCUCCCAUAAUUUGUUCUUGGAAACAAAAAGAUGAAGGUGAUAAUUUUCAUUUAAUAUACAUGUUUAUUGAAUAUCACUGCAGGGAGAAAUAUGUAGACUGGGAUGCAUACAUUAGCAAGAAAAUGUUCAUCUCCGAAAUGCAAGAUGUGUUGUCACUUGUUGUUAUCCAACGGCAAUGAAUAAUUGUAAAUUAAGAAGUUAUUGAAUUAUAUCAGGAGUAUAGGAUUGAUAUUUAUUGAGGGUCAGUCGGGUUAGCUUCGUACCAGAAUGCACAUACAAUGUAAUUUCUACUACUAAAAUCGCCAAAAAUCUCAUAAACAGAGGGAAUAAUAUGGGUGCAACUGACAAUUUGGAAAAUUAACUUCAGUAGAUGUAUGACAAUGGAAAGGAAUUGUCUCUAGCAAAAUUUUCAAGCAAUGCUCAGGGGUUAAGAUUUUGCUAACUCA